CUCUGCCCCGGCGCGGUGCCCUUCGGGAUUCUUCCCCUGCGGGGUGUUCGCAGUUGGUGUCCGGAACUUUGUUUGCGGGCGGCGGGGCGGGCGGAAGGUUUUUCCGCACGGACCAGACCAGGCUGUGCCGGGAGCGGGAGCUAUGGUGUGCUGGGGGCCGCUGCUGUGCCGGGCGGGGGUGCGCCUGCUGGCGGGAAGUCCAGGCGGCCCAGUGCAGGCGGCGGCCGGUACCGGGAACAGGGGUCCCUGGUGCUUUAUAGUCAGGCAUAUUAAUAGCACCACCUGGUGGGAUGAACAUCUUUCUGAAGAGAACACCCAGUUCCUUAAGCAGUUAACAGCAGAAGAAUACAGAGCUCAAACAGCCAGUAAACUGUGUCCACUGAAAGAUGAGCCUUGGCCACUGCACUCGUGGGAACCAGGUUCCCGCAGAGUUGGCCUUGUUGCAAUAAAGUUGGGAAUGAUUCCGUUAUGGACCAAGGAUGGUGAAAGACAUGCUGUCACAUUACUUCAGGUGAAAGACUGCCAUGUUUUAAAGUACACACCAAAGGAGGAGUAUAAUGGAAAAACAGCUACCCUACUCAUUGGAGGGAAAAAUUCAUCUCCUUUUUAUAAACCAGAGUCUGCAUUGGAGGUUUUCAGAGAAGCAGGAGUACCACCAAAGCAGAAAACUACAAUAUUUAAGGUGUCAGAUAAUGCUAUAAUUAAGCCAGGUACUCCUCUGUAUGCAGCUCACUUCCGUCCAGGGCAGUUUGUGGAUGUCACUGCCAAAACAAUUGGUAAAGGAUUUCAAGGAGUCAUGAAAAGAUGGGGAUUUAAAGGCCAGCCAGCCUCCCAUGGCCAAACUAAAACACACAGAAGACCUGGGGCAAUAUCCAACACUGGUGCUGGCAAAGUUUUCCGUGGAACAAAAAUGCCUGGGAAAAUGGGUAAUAUCUACAGGACUGCUUUUGGAUUAAAGGUGUGGAGGAUCAACACAAAGCACAACAUUAUUUAUGUAAAUGGUUCUGUCCCAGGUCACAAAAAUUGUUUGGUAAAGGUCAGAGAUACGAAUGUACCUACUUACCGAGACUGCAAUAAAAAUCCUCCAUUCCCCACAUUUUUUGCUGAUGGAGAAGAAGAGCUACCAGAAGACUUGUACGAUCAGGAAGUUUUCCAGUUCACUGAUUCCUCUGUCACAUAUGUUUAGUGUUAUUGACAUCUUUAAGAACGUGCAACUUUCACAUUGUUUCUGUGAACUUUUCAAUGCUGAACAAUUACAAACCCAGAAACUGCACUCUAGCUGAAUGACCUGAACGCAUCAAACAUUAUGGGGUUUUUUUUCAGGUAGCAAGAUUUACCACAAUCUGUUCCAAAACCGUAUUAAAACAGUGGGUGGUGGUAAGUUGGUGUGUCUCAGGGAAGGGUUUCAAAGUAAUGGGUAUAUUGCUGACUUAUCUUUUUACAUUACAAAAUCGCUUCUUGUAACUUUUUCCCUUUCACAGACUGCCAAGAUUUAUAUUUCUUUAAAUCCAUUGUCUUGGAAUUGCGUUCAUCGGUUACAUGAUUGAUGAAGUUGAGACUAUUAACAGAACAAAAUUUAUAGUUGUUUUUUCCCCUGAGGGAUAUGUACUGAUUAACUUGGACUAAACAGAAAAUAAAAGGUUUAUUAAAUAUCCCAUUUAGCCAUCUGGGGACAUAAAUGGAGUGUCUAGGACUUUACAAAGAAUGAACUUGAAAAUGUUGAGUAGAACGGGACGGGGGGGGGGGAGGAAUUCUAGCUUUCUCUUUUCCAGGCCUAACACCAUAGCCAAUUGCCCCAUUGUGCCUCUGGGGCUAUAAUCUUUUCCACCUUUCAUUUCCCUUUCCUCAUCAAAGCUCCUUUCCUCUUUAUUUUAGUGCUCUGAGUUUAGAGCAACAAUUACACAAUUUACAUUUCCUAGAGGAAAGAAUGAGACUAGCAAUGUCUGUCUGGUAAGAGUUGUGGCAGUGCUCGCUGACCAGAAAGGCUAGACAUUUUCAGUAAUGUGGACACAGGGACUAUAGUAGCUGCCUGUUUGUCCCCUUCAUUGGCUCCUUGUUCUGAUAACUUCAUGAAAAUGUCCCUCGCAUAAGGUAUCUAGAGAAAUACGUCCCCUUCAGUUGUCUUCAUAUCUGAGAUUUUAUAUUGUUAUGGAAGAGCUUUGGGCCUGCCCCAGUAGUCUUCGUCAUUUAACAAAAAUAAACCAAGUGUGAAGGGUC